AUGAUGGAAAGGAUAAGAAAAGAGAUGAUUUUGAUGGAAAGGGGGCUGCACAGCCCCACGGCUGGCAAAAGGCUGGCGAAUCAUCUGACCGAGGCGGCUGGCAACGCAGUCCUGGAGGCCCUGGAAAACUCGCCCCACGGCGGCCGGCUCAGCCCGAGACUAACUUCCGCUUCUCUGCACAGCUCCAUCGGGGACCUGCCCGCCGCCAAAGGGAAAUUCGAGAUCGACGCUUUAUUCAGCCUUCAGCACCAGAACAGCGAAAGCGCCGUAGCGGCAGAGCUGCCUUCCGCCGAAAGCCGGAAGAAAAUUAACCAUUACUCAGAAGUGGCUGCAGAGGCAGACAUGAACAGCGACGUGGAGGUAGGCUGCUCCGCGCUCCGAUCGCCGGGUAGCCUGUCCUCCUCCCUGAAGGAAAGCAAUAACAAAGGCUAUUCGGAGAGCGGUUCGACUCCGAGCACCACCAGCUCGUCCUCAGGAUCCACACUGAACAACUUGCACAGCGGAAGCAACCUGAGCACUUCCAGCUCCGGGGCCGAUCAAGUGAGGAGGUACCGCACCGCCUUCACCCGGGAGCAGAUCGCCCGGCUGGAAAAGGAAUUCUACCGCGAGAACUAUGUCUCUCGGCCUAGACGGUGUGAGUUGGCCGCCGCGCUCAACCUUCCCGAGACUACCAUAAAGGUGUGGUUCCAGAACCGGCGCAUGAAGGACAAGCGGCAGAGACUGGCCAUGUCCUGGCCCCACCCGGCGGACCCCAGCUUCUACACCUACAUGAUGACCCACGCGGCAGCCACGGGGAGCCUGCCUUACCCUUUCCACUCCCACGUGCCCCUCCACUACUACCCGCACGUCGGGGUGACGGCGGCGGCGGCGGCCGCGGCCGCAGCCUCCGGAGCGGCCGCCUCGCCUUUCGCCACCUCCAUCCGCCCGCUGGACACCUUCCGCGCCCUCUCGCACCCUUAUUCCCGCCCGGAGCUGCUGUGCAGCUUCCGACACCCGGGCCUCUACCAGUCGCCCGCCGCCGCCGCCGCCGCGGGGCUCAACAGCAGCGCGGCGGCUUCGGCGGCGGCGGCGGCAGCGGCGGCAGCAGCGGCGGCGGCCGCCUCCUCGGCUCCGCCCACCGGCUCCGCCCCUUGCUCCUGUCUCAGUUGCCACAGCAGCCAAUCGGCGGCGGCGGCGGCGGCGGCGGCCCUGGGCUCGCGCUCGUCCAGCUCGGAUUUCCCCUGCAGCGCGGCCGGAGCCGCGGCGGCCGCUUCGCAGCGCUCGGAGAGCAGCUUCCUGCCUUACUCGGCGGCCGUGCUCAGCAAGACGGCCGUGCCCUCCCCGGACCAGCGGGAGGAGGCUCCCUUGACCAGAUAA